CAUUAACUGAGGCUAUAAUCAGAAACAAGGACUUUUUGAACUAAAACAAAAUUACUGGAAAUACUCAGCAGGUCUGGCAAUGUUGUCGUUUCUUUGCCCAUCUCCUGCCUUCCCUGGAAACCCUUCGGGUCCCUAUUUUUUUUUUCCCAGUUCUGAAGGGAGGUCUUUGAGCCGAGAGGCUAACUCUGUCUCUCUCUGUGUGUGUGUGUGUGUGUGUGUCCCUCUCCACAGAUGCUGCCAGACCUGCUGAGUUUCUCCAGCACGUUUGAAGAUUGUUGUCAAUCUGAACGUCACCGAGUGCUCUCUUCAUGAGGCCGCCUCCUCCUCCUGGUGAUGAAAUGGGGAUUCUCCGGUGGGACACUAGGCCCGAGGGCUGGGGUACAGCAGUAGGCCCAAGAAGGGACACGGACACGGACACACACUUGCCCCUGGGGCUGGGGGGGGGUGAUUAUGGUCCGGCCCCGCCCCCGUGGCCCUUCGUCGCUUCCCUUCCGGGUCAGGGGUCAGGCACUGUUUCCGGGCGGAAUGGACGCGGACGGACUCCCGUUGGUGGGAUCAGGGAUCGACCUGACCCGGGUUCCAGCCAUCCAGCAGCAAAGGACUGUGGCAUUUCUCAACCAGUUUAUUGCGCACACUGUCCGGUUUUUGAAUCGGUUUUCAACAGUUUGUGAAGAGAAACUGGCCAGUCUUUCUCUACGUAUCCAGCAAAUUGAAACAACUCUCAAUAUUCUAGAGGCAAAGUCCACAUGAAGGAAGGAAGGUGGA